AAAUGGCGUCUCCUUCGAAGCAUGUGCCUUACGAAUUUUCUCUUAAGGAAGCAAAAAGAAAGUGCUCUGAAACAAAUUCUUGCUUUGUGAAGGAACAAACAACAGAACAUAUUGUACUACAUCCACGAUACCUCGGUUGUGUGAGGAAAGGAGUUCAGGAACAUUUAAAAAGUAAGCUGAUGAGGCAUUCGGACAUUCUGAACGGUGUGCCUGUAAAUUAUGAAGCUUUUAAAAUUGAGCAAAGAACUGGCUCCAUUCUGGAAGAAUCACCCUAUAUUCAUUUUGAUGUAAAAGUAAAUAUCAUCUUGUUUAAGCCGACGAUCGGAAGUACGCUUGUGGGAACCGUAAACAAACUUGGCGUUGAUUACGUUGGAUGUUUGGUUCACAAUUGUUUUAACGCUUCGAUCGCGAAAUCAAACUUUAAAAAUGGAUUACUUUUUGAUAGCCUGGACAUUGGAUCUGAAUUUUUAUUUAAAGUUAUUGGAACAGAAGCCGUGAAUGGCGUUUUAGCGAUAAUAGGUGAAGUGAAGGAACAAAAAGUCAACAAAAGGAAAAGGAAACACAAAGAUAUAGAAAGAUAUGAACAACGGUCUAGUGAUGAAACUGAUCAGCCUGAAAGAGUGACUGAACUAUCCUCUGAGAGACUGAAUCAGAAUGGUUUAAACUUAACGGAUGGAAAUACAAAAGUCAAGAAAAAGAAGAAUAAAGUCAAACAUUCAAGAGGAAAGGAGGGGGCCAAAACUUUUUAAAUAUAAAUUUGUGAUUUAUUUUUUAAAAUAAACAUUUGGAGUAACUUUUGUCCUCAUUUUGUGUUUAAGAACAGCAGCAGAAUCCUACAUUGACUUGUUUAAGAGGCUUGCCCUCUUGAGGCUAGUCACUUUGAUACCUCCCCAUUUUGUUAUUUGCCAUUAUCCAGCAAUCUUCUUUGAACCAGAUUGAUCAGUAAUAUAUAUUUAUAGGAUGGUAAUAAUGUGUCAGAACAGACUGACCAGAGUUAUGAAAACAAAAACUUACGCUUUUCUUAAGGAGUCUUCCCUUGUUUUCAUACACAUUCCUUAAAAGCAGGUGACAUUAGUUAGAAAUGGAAGGAUGAGAGGAUAUGUCUCUUUUAAAACAAGAAAUAGUAUUUUGGAAGUGGGAGAAAUUCUUGUAUUCCAUCAAUUAUUAUUUUAUAAUUUUAUGUAACAUUAAGAUUAUGAGCUCAAGAUAUUCCAUCUUGUGAUAUGAGGCAAGACAAGGCCCUAAUUCAUCAUUUUAAAUCCACAACCUGCUUUAAACUGAACACUAAGACAGGUUCGUGCCUUUAAUUCUGUUUGUUUACAACCACACGCUGUCACCUACUCACUCUACCCAUAAGCACUAUUGCAAUCCAUGAAAUAUUUUUGUUGGCAUGUGACUGGUCUAAAUAAGAUUUAAUCAAAUACUGGGUAAUAUCCAAGAAUACACCCAAGUUGUAUUCCCCAAUUUUUAAACCCUAUGUCUACUAUGUUAGAAGUCUUUAAAAUUUAAUUCAAGAUGGGAGAGCAUUUAGCUUUUGUUGCAGAAGAAAAGACUAAUUGUUUGUUCAUAAUGUCAUACCAGAGAACACUGACAAUUAAACAGCCCAUGCAGCAUACAGUAA